AUGGCUGACGUUAGAGAAUAAAGAAUUUACUGUGCCGAAUAAAUUGUAGUCCCCCAAGAAUUACCAAUAAUUUUAAAGCAUUAUUCCAAAGAAGUUAUCAGAAAUAACCCAGUUUCAAUUUAUGAUUUCUCUGCCAAGUACUUCCGCGAUUUAAUAGAAAAAAGAAAAAAUAAUUCCGAUAAGCACAUUAUGAACGAACUCGAAAAGCCAGAUUCCUCUUCAAGAGUCUGA